UAAACUUCACUCGAUAUACUAUGAAGAAUAUUGCUACACGUUUUAAUUUCGAAAUAAUCUAAUGUAUUGGAUUCAUACAAAUGUAGCGCCAAUAUCAGUUAGCUAAUCGUGAAGGGGUGGGGCUGGUACAGCGCUCAUGACUCGUCCCAAUGCGCAUAGCGUCUGCUGGCUACAAAUCGUGCAAUUCUAUCAUGGUUGUUGACAUCGAAGGUUAUGUGUUAACAGUAAUAUUUGAUUUUUCAAAUUAAAAGUAAAAUGGGUUUGCUCACAGAUCCCAGAACUGGAAAUGGAAAAAUUAUUAAAUUUGUUCUUCAAUGGGAAAAAUGGCUAUGUUUCUUCAUGUACAUUGGUGGUAUAAUAUGGACUAUGCUACUGGCACUACCUGUGUUCAAUGACAGUACGUAUUUUUCGGAAAAUGCUUUAUUGCCUGGAUUAGUGAUGAAGGAGUGUAGUUUGGAAGCAAGUGCUAAACAGUUUCAUAAUGAAUUAAUUGAAGAGAUGAAACGAUAUCCUGAUAAGAUGCCAUAUCCUUGGCUGUUGGCUAAAUUUAAUCAACUAUAUUUGGAUGUCUAUAUGCAUAAUUUCACGUUAAAUUAUCCAUUUCGUGAACAGCAGUUUACUGGACAGAAUGUUUAUGGUAUUGUAAGAGCUCCUAGAGGUGCGAGUACAGAGGCAAUUAUUGUAAGUGUACCUUACAGACCUAUUAGUAGUGUAAAUCUGAAUACAGCACCAUCUAUUGCUCUAUUACUUGCAUUUGCAAAGUGUUGCAGAAAACAAAAAUAUUGGGCAAAGGACAUCAUAUUCCUUGUGACAGAACAUGAACAACUUGGUAUGCAAGCUUGGUUGGAAGCAUAUCAUGGUGUGACCAGCGGACAGGAUGGUAUAUUAAUGUCUGGAGAUUUAUCAGGAAGAUCUGGUUCCAUUCAGGCAGCCAUCAAUUUGGAAUUGCAUGGAAUGAAAAUCGCAUCCGUUGACGUUAAGGUUGAAGGAUUGAAUGGACAAUUGCCAAAUUUGGAUCUCGUUAAUCUUGCCCAAGACAUGAUUACUAAGGAAGGAAUUCGAAGAACUUUUCAACGUAGGCCAGAUGUUAAUGUGAAGAAUAAAGUAUCAAAAUGGUGGUACCAGUUCAACACAUUAAUCUCCAUGAUCGUUACUCAAGCUACUGGUGUUCCCACAGGAAAUCAUGGAUUGUUUCAUAGGUUUGGUAUCGAAGCUAUUACAUUAGAAGGCUUUGAAAGGUCAGGACGCGGACCCGAAGUUAGUUUCUAUCAAGUUGGUCGUGUCGUGGAAAGCAUAGUCCGUUCAUUAAAUAAUUUAUUAGAACGGUUUCAUCAAUCUUUUUUUUUCUAUCUUUUACCAUCUACCGACAGAUACAUUUCCAUAGGCUUAUACAUGCCACCAUUAGUCCUAAUAAUAGGUGGUCUAUUCAUAAAAGCUUUUGCGUCAUGGAUUAGAUUACAAGAUACUGGCAUAAAGGUCGAGGAAAAUGAGAAUCCUGAUACAAAAAUUAGUCAAUUAAAGCAAAACAAAGUCGAAGAAUUUGACAUAGCAAGCAUAGCUUCAGAAAUAUUAUGGUCCCAUAUCAUAGGUGUAUCUAUAAUGUCAUCACCUAAAUUAUUCACAUCAAUAGGAUCACAAUUAUGGGAUUUACCGACAGAGGACUCAAUAUAUUAUGGCUUUAUAGUCACUACUGUUUUAACAAUGUUUUGGCCAUUCUACUUGAGAAGACCUAGAAAAUCCGACAACGUUGCUCUUGUAUGCGUUGUUGCAUCAAUAGAAGUAGCUACAACUUUAUUAUGUGUAGCGAUGCACAAUUUCUCGCUAGCAUUGUUAACAGCCAUAAUCUACGUUCCUACAGCUCUAGCUAUUUCACCGAAACGAGAAAUUAAUUCCAAAUUUCGAGGAUUACUUCAUGUCUUUUGGAUACUGUUACAUCCAUUUGUGGUCGCCUCCAUUCUCGUAAUGGGAUACACACGAUUAAAUUUUCCUGGAGAACCAUUAAUGUCUAUACUAAUUAAAGGAAUACAAGCGACUAAACAUGCAUUUGUAUUUAGUGUCAUAGAUUCUAUGAUUUAUGGCAAUUGGUUUUAUAAUGUGACUGUUGCUAUUUUACUUCCCAAUUGGAUUCUAUUCUGGAACGUCAUUAAUAGCAAAAUUGCGUUCGAUUCCUGACCAAAUCCUUUAAUAGAUAAUAAAUAAAUUAGAUUAAUCGGGUCAAUAGCAUCGAUCUCUUAAGCCACGUAUGUUACAAUAUAGAGUAUUGUAGAUAAUACAAAUAUUGUUGCCAUCAACCAGGUUUUGUAUAAUAAAGAAUUGUGCAUUUAAUAGA